CGUCGACCAAAAGCAGAUUAUGAUGAGUCGACAUUCAACGAAGAAUCCAUAACACGUCGAGAGGAAUUACCGUCAUUGUUGCGUACAACGUUUACUAGCAGUGGGAUAACUCCUCCAACGAUCCUCAAGAAGCGAUCGGCCCCAUCUCAAUUCACGAUGCCCUCACAGCAAGAAGAAUCGAGUUCACUUGAAGGUACCGAUCAAGAAAAGCAGGCGUCGGAUGCAGCCAACCAUGAUGUUUCACCUCAAAGUGUGGCCUCUCCAAGACGACGCUCAUCAGUGCAUCCGCUUCUUGACGUACCGGCGGCCAUCAAAUCGCCCACAACUGUAGCAGGUGCCAUCGAGGCAUUGGCUGUACUCGAAAUGCAUGUGGUCGAAAAGGUGAACUAUUUGUGUAUGGCUCCGUGUCCGAUUCGGCUUAUCAAGAACGGAUUCACACUACCAUAA